GCUGGAUGGUGGCGGACAGAGGACGACAUGGCGGCGGCGGCUGGAGCGGGAGGGUGGCGGCUGUUGUCGGGGAUGAAAGCUGUCGGCAGAGGAACCGCGGCUCAGAGAUGUCCAUUAUUCACGUUUGUUAGGACAAACACGGAGAGCACCUGGUGGCAUGAGCAUCUUUCUGAGGAAAACAUUCAUCAUUUAAGAAAAUUGGUUCCUGAAGAAUAUAAAUCGUUGACCGUCAGCAAAUCUUGCCCAUUAAAAGAUGAGCCAUGGCCCAGGUUACCUUGGAAGCCAGGCACCCGUAGGGUCGGACUGGUUGCAGUGAAGUUGGGGAUGAUGCCUUUGUGGACCAAAGCGGGUGACAAACAUGCAGUCACGUUACUUCAGGUGCAAGAUUGUCAUGUUGUAUCCUAUACUUCUAAAGAGCAGUAUGACGGCAGGAAGCCUGCAUUGGUAGUGGGUGGAAAGAAUACAUCGCCGUUUAAUAAACCAGAGUCUGUUAUGGAAAAGUACAGGCUAGCAGGGAUACCCCCAAAACAGAAAAUAACAAUUUUCAGAGUGUCUGAAAAUGCUAUUAUUAAACCAGGCACUCCAUUGUAUGCUGCUCAUUUUCGCCCAGGACAGUACGUGGAUGUCACAGCAAAAACAAUUGGCAAAGGUUUUCAGGGAGUUAUGAAGAGGUGGGGAUUUAAAGGUCAACCUGCAACUCAUGGGCAGACCAAAACCCACAGGAGGCCAGGAGCUUCAGGCCCUGGGGGCGACCCGGGUAGAGUUUUUCCUGGGAAGAAAAUGCCUGGAAAAAUGGGGAACAUUUACAGAACAGCAUAUGGACUAAAGGUCUGGAGAGUGAAUACAAAAGAGAAUAUCCUUUAUGUUCAUGGAUCUGUCCCAGGACACAAAAACUGCUUUGUGAAGGUCAAUGAUACCACAUUGCCCACUCAUCAGGAAGACAACAAGAAUCCACCAUUCCCAACUUACUUUGCUGACGGAGAUGAAGGGCUGCCAGAAGAUCUGUUUGAUGACACAGUGUUCCAAUUCACUGCGCCCUCUAUUGUUGUCUCCUAACGUUUGACACUUUCAAGGUGUUCUGUUGGCAGCUGCUGAUAGCUCUCACAUCCUGCGUCAAGUUUAUUUCACCCAGGCACUUUUAUCUCCAUGUAUUGGUCCGUGCUGCUGGUCUGCUGGGUGAGAUUUGAAGAACAGAAAUAAAGUACCGUUCACGGGGUGAAGCGUUGACCAUGAAUUGAAAAUGCAGCGAUGGUUUAAAAAAAAGAAUACUUAGAUUUUUUUUUUAAUGGCCCAAGCUUUGAGUGUGAACUGGACUAAUUUGACAAUGUUCUGAAAGAAGAAAAAUGUUCUGCUGCAAAACUAUGAAGAUUUUACUCUUUUUGUAUCCCAAUUAUGGACUGCAGACUUUGCCACUUUAUCCAAUUUGAUUACAUAACAUCAUGGAAGAGCACUCUUAAAUACAGAUAUCAGGGCAGGGAAGCCCUUGGCAGAAAAUAUAUGCCAAUUAAAAUAUUUGUAGAAAAUAACCUCCCAAGUGUUUCGGUCUGAGUAGUUUAAAUAUUUUAAAAUUAUUGCAGUAUAACAGGCAUUUACUGUCUACUAUUCUGUGUGGAAUAAUAUCAAGCACCAGGGAAAUCUCUGGCUCAACCUCUGGGUGGUUUUGUUUGUUGCAUUAACUAAUCUCUAAAGGGCAAAAUUAUUGAAACUCCAGUUGGCUUCAUCUGCACUGUGCAAUAUUCAAAGCCACCCUACAACUAUAUCAUGCACAACAACAUUACCAUCAAAAUCUGUCAUCUCUAUCAUUAGACAGCACAUUAAUUCUGUGAAAACACUGAAUGCCUUUGAUUGCUGCUAAUAGGUCGUGUACAAGGCAAACUCCAUCUAAGCAUGUUACAUGACACAACAUGAUGGAAUUCCAUGGUAAACACCAGAUGACUUGUUUUCAUUGCAGCAGCGCAGUGUAAAGAAAAUUAAAUGCAGUGUGCUUUGAAGAGGAACUUGUCGGCAAAAGUUGGAGUUUUUGUUUCUGAAUUCUGUGCUGCUUCAGCAAUGCCAUCUGCUUUGACCUUUUUAUACUUGGGUUUAAAUUUUGCAGCCGUUUAAGAUUCUAUAUUGUCGCAGGUGGUUUACCCAUGCCCACACGCACUUAGUUGUCCACUUGUUCUAUAUAAGUUAAAUUAUCAGAGACUCUUCUAAUGGCUAGGCACUGAAUCAAGACUGGAUAUAUGUUCCUACUGUCCUUCAUGUUGUGAGGGGCAGAAUUUUUUAAUUAGCUGCCUUGAAACAGUUCUGAAUAAUUUUAAGCCUUUUAUAUAGGAUCUGAACGUAUAUUGCAUGAAUGCUGCAUCAUUCCUGGACUAUUUUACAUCAUCCAGUACAGGACAUGCUGCAUCUGCGGUUUUUGUGUUUUGAUUAUGUUUCAAAAAUUACUCGAAGAUUGGUUGAAUAUAAAAGCCCAGAUUUUGCAGUAGUAACGACAAUGAAACUGUCAGCAUUCGCCAUCAUUACUCUUCCGAAACUGACCAUUUUUGGAAUCCGCACAUGUGCAGUUAAAUGCAGAAAUUCAGAAGUUGCUGUCAUUGAUUUCACGCAUUGUUGAAGUCCCCACAGACGGAAAUCAAUUAGAAAUAAUUGAACUGAUGGGAAUUCCUCUUUACGCUGCAAUAUCGCUUUAACCUGCCCUCACCACCCCCCCCCCCCCAAAAGAAUGUACUUUGUUCAUGAGAUAUAAUUGGGUUUUGAAUGGUAUACUAAGUCAUAACUACUGCUGAACAAUCUCUCUGGCCCAGAGAAGCUAGUUUUAUAUUGGUGCAAUGUCAGAUUCCAUUAUGAUAAAAAAUCUAGUUUUUUAUUUUUUAAGAAUGUAUUUGAUAUUUCAUUUUAAUGUAUGUGCCCCAAUCUUUAUUUCGCUCUAAAAUGUAUAAAGCAUUAAGGAUU